ACAAGAAUGCAGCCAGUUUUUAGUUUCGUAAAAGUAAACAAAACAACCCAAAGCAUCAAUGUUUUUCACUUUUCCUUAUGAAAUUAUGGAAUUUUUAAGUUAAUACUCUUGAAAUACGGUUUAAUUUAUAAUACGUAAUGUCCAAAAGUGAUCUAGUGAAAGUAGAAGUGAGUACUGUUAGCCAUACAAACGAUGAAGCACCAGAAAAGCUUCCCCACAAUGAGCAAGAGUAUCGAACGCUGGAGGAUGGCAUCCGUAAUAAAAGACCGGUUCGAUCGCGGAAAGAGCACCAGUCGAAACACUGCGAUGCAGAUUCGGAUGAUGCCAGAGAGUUUGGCUUCACAUCCGGUGACGAUGAAGAUUUUGAUCCGUCAAAGGAUGGUGGCUCUGACGAUGGUCGAAAGCAGAGAGUUUCGCUCGGACGUAAAAGGAGGGGUCGUCCCCGGAAAGAAUCGAAGGAAUCUCCUCCCGAUGGGGAACCGAAGAAAAGAGGACGUCCCAGAGAUAAAUCCAAGCACAAUGUGUCCUGUGAAAUUUGCGGUAAGGUCUUCAAAUAUCUCUACCAGCUGAAACCGCACGAAAAGCUUCAUUUCGGGAUCAAAGACUACGAGUGCGAGCACUGCCAUAUGCGGUUCGUGCAGAAAGGUGCCAUGAUGGUGCACCUGCGGAAGCACACCGGCGAAAAGCCAUUCAAGUGUUCGUACUGUCCGGAAGCUUUCAAGGAGAAGAUAUCGCUGGACUAUCACACUUACAAGCACACUCAGCAGGGAGCCAAAUGUCCCCUGUGCUCGUCUGUGUUUCCGACGUCCUACUCGGUGAAGCAGCACAUGAAACAGGUGCACACACAGGAGAAGCCCCACGUGUGUCAGAUUUGCGGGAAAGGGUAUAAGAACCGAAGGGACAUGGUGCGCCACAUUGAAGGUCACGAUAGGCGUAUCUGUUCGGUUUGUGACAAAGUGUUCGACACGAUGUACGCGUUGAAGACCCACAUGCACGUCCACGACGACGGACCAAGGUGUUCUUUGUGCAACCGGGUGUUCAAAUCGGACGAGGAACUACAAGCUCACAGUAAGUUGCGAGGAAGGGCCUUUCAGUGUGAGUUGUGCUGCUAUAGUUUUAAUAAGGCUGAAUUCUUGAGUAAUCAUCACCGAAGAAACCACUGGAAAGUACUGGGGCUGGAGCAACUGGUGUGGAAUUUUCCACCGCGAUCGAAGAAACCCAAGCCACCGAAGAAGGCGAAGGCUCCCUUGCCAAUCGUUCAGGUGGAGGACAUGCCGAAGGAUGAAAGCAUUCUCGUAAGUCCGUCAGUUCAGGAAUCCAAUACUCAAAUGCAGUUGGAUCAAGCAGUCCCAUCAGAACCUCCGCUAGAAACAGACCCUACUCCAAUGACUUCAAAUGAGGAUAUCAUUUCCUGCCAAGAUCAAUCGGAUGUCGACGAAAUUCCUUUCGUCGAUGAUGUGUCCGAUUCAGAAACGGCGGACAAUACUCUGAGCGCAGUAAUUGAAACGACUGAACUCGAACACACGAAUACCGACCUUGAGGUCAAAAUCGAACCGGAAGAAGUCUUUGUUAAAGUGGAGGAUGACGAGGGACACGAUACGUCUGAUCAACCGCAGGCCCUGUUGAACGAGUUCAACGAGGUGGAUGUGAAGAGCGAGGCCUUGUCGCACAGUGAAGACGACGAUGAUGUGCCAUUGGCGAUUCUGCGACAGAAAUUGUGUCCUAAGCGAGAGCUGAAAUUGGAUGUAGAGGAAGCAAAGCAGGUCAAGAUGAAAGAGAAGAAACUGAAGAGUGUAGCAAUGAGUCAACAAACUAGGAAGAGAGCAAACCACAACCUGAGGUGCUCUGUUUGCCUGAAAUUCUUCAAAUCUCGAUCCAGCCUUAAACAUCACCAGAAGAUUCACAUCGGAGUCAAGAAUUUUAAGUGUAAAAUCUGCAAAAAGACUUUUAUGACAAAAGGUGGUCUAGGAGCUCACCAGAUUACCCACACCGGAGAGAAACGUUUCGAGUGUACCUUCUGCUCGGCACGCUUUCGAACGCAGUAUUCGCUGGACUAUCACGCGUUCACGCACACCCAACAGGCAAUCAAGUGUGACUUGUGUCCGAAGCUGCUCCCAUCGCUUCAUGUCGUAAAGCUCCACGUCAAAAGCGCUCACAUCAAGAAGGAACCAUUUCGAUGUCAGAUUUGCAGAAAGAGCUUCAAAAAGAAGGAAAGUUUAAGGCACCAUCUGAAGAGACACGACAGUCUGCCGUGUAAGGUUUGUGGAGAGAUCUGCAAGGGGCGGGAAGCUCUCGUUCAACAUAGGAAAACUGUGCAUCGAGUCGUGAAGAAAGCUGCGCCGUUAAUCUGCGAAUUGUGUGGCAAAUCGUACGCCACGGUAUCGUCCCUGUGCACACACCGCGCCACCCACAAGGAGUAUCAACGCUUCAAAUGUGACCAAUGCUCUAAAGCGUUCUUUUUCAAGGGACUGCUGGAAAGCCACAUUCGGGUAGAACAUCAAGGAGAGCGUCAAAUCUGUCCCAUCUGUGGCAAGUUGUUCAAGUAUGGGACGGAUCUGCGACGCCACCAGAGGCAACACAGCGAAGAAAAACCCUUCAAAUGCGACCAGUGCCCGGCGGCAUUCCGGCAUAUGAGCAAUUUGCGUAGCCACAAAGCGACGCACAGCAAGACGGUGUAUCCGUGCGAUGUCUGCCGGAAGGAGUACCGAUCUGCGGACGGAUUACGAAAACACAAACGAACUCACACGGAAGGAUCCCGCUUCCAGUGCGAGAUUUGUAAUCGAAAGUUCAGUCAAAAGGCCCCUCUGGUGAAACACAUGACAAUUCACACCCUAGAUCGACAGCUCAAGUGCGUGGUUUGCGAGCAGAUCUACUACAAGAAGGUCGAGUUGAUCAUCCAUCAAGCAAAAGAACAUCCCAACCAUCCGUUGAUCGGUAAAACGAUCAAGGUUCACACUUGUAACAUUUGUGGCGUGGAGUUCACCAAGAAAAAUCUCCUGGCGCAGCACGUGGACAUCCACGGAACCGAGUACAAAUUCAAGUGCGAAAUGUGCGAUGAUCAGAAGUUCAAACAGAAGGCUGGACUGAGGCACCAUUGGAAACAUUUUCACCGGAUAGAACCUCCAAAGCGAAAUUUGGCUAAGAAGAUGAAGGCAGUUGAUACGGAAAUGAAGGUAUCGCUUUCGGGAGAGGUUGAUAAUCGAGUACAAAUAUACAAUAACAUUCAAUUAUUACAGAUUCUGCGACAGAAAUUGUGUCCUAAGCGAGAGCUGAAAUUGGAUGUAGAGGAAGCAAAGCAGGUCAAGGCGAAAGAGAAGAAACUGAAGAGUGUAGCAAUGAGUCAACAAACUAGGAAGAGAGCAAACCCCAACCUGAGGUGCUCUGUUUGCCUGAAAUUCUUCAAAUCUCGAUCCAGCCUUAAACAUCACCAGAAGAUUCACAUCGGAGUCAAGAAUUUUAAGUGUAAAAUCUGCAAAAAGACUUUUAUGACAAAAGGUGGUCUAGGAGCUCACCAGAUUACCCACACCGGAGAGAAACGUUUCGAGUGUACCUUCUGCUCGGCACGCUUUCGAACGCAGUAUUCGCUGGACUAUCACGCGUUCACGCACACCCAACAGGCAAUCAAGUGUGACUUGUGUCCGAAGCUGCUCCCAUCGCUUCAUGUCGUAAAGCUCCACGUCAAAAGCGCUCACAUCAAGAAGGAACCAUUUCGAUGUCAGAUUUGCAGAAAGAGCUUCAAAAAGAAGGAAAGUUUAAGGCACCAUCUGAAGAGACACGACAGUCUGCCGUGUAAGGUUUGUGGAGAGAUCUGCAAGGGCCGGGAAGCUCUCAUUCAACAUAGGAAAACUGUGCAUCGAGUCGUGAAGAAAGCUGCGCCGUUAAUCUGCGAACUGUGUGGCAAAUCGUACGCCACGGUAUCGUCCCUGUGCACACACCGCGCCACCCACAAGGAGUAUCAACGCUUCAAAUGUGACCAGUGCUCGAAAGCGUUCUUUUUCAAGGGACUGCUGGAAUCCCACAUUCGGGUAGAACAUCAAGGAGAGCGUCAAAUCUGCGCCAUCUGCGGCAAACUGUUCAAGUAUGGGACGGAUCUGCGACGCCACCAGAGGCAACACAGCGAAGAAAAGCCCUUCAAAUGCGAGCAGUGUCCGGCGGCAUUCCGGCAUAUGAGCAAUUUGCGUAGCCACAAAGCGACGCACAGCAAGACGGUGUAUCCGUGCGAUGUCUGCCGGAAGGAGUACCGAUCUGCGGACGGAUUACGGAAACACAAACGAACUCACACGGAAGGAUCCCGCUUCCAGUGCGAGAUUUGUAAUCGAAAGUUCAGUCAAAAGGCCCCUCUGAUGAAACACAUGACAAUUCACACCCUAGAUCGACAGCUCAAGUGCGUCGUUUGCGAGCAGAUCUACUACAAGAAGGUCGAGUUGAUCAUCCAUCAAGCAAAAGAACAUCCCAACCAUCCAUUGAUCGGUAAAACGAUCAAGGUUCACACUUGUAACAUUUGUGGCAUGGAGUUCACCAAGAAGAAUUUCCUGACGCAGCACGUGGACAUCCACGGGACCGAGUACAAAUUCAAGUGCGAAAUGUGCGAUGAUCAGAAGUUCAAACAGAAGGCUGGACUGAGGCACCAUUGGAAACAUUUUCACCGGAUAGAACCUCCAAAGCGAAAUUUGGCAAAGAAGGCGAAGGCAGUUGAUACGGAAAUGAAGGUACCGCUUUCGGGAGAGGUUGAUAAUCGGUUCGAGACCGUAGCUCGACCGACGGAUACUUCCAAUUGAUUUGAGCGGUUUAUUAA